AUGUACGGAUUCAAAGCCCUGCAGUCCCUCGUCUUUGGCUACCAGGAGGACCCUUUAUGCAAGACCCUCCGCGCCUCCGACGUCCCCGUCACCACAGCCGACUGCAGAGCAUGUGCUGACCCUUGUGACCUAGAAGAGAAGCUUACUUGGCUCGCCCUCCAUGCAGGUCACGAAGCAUAUCCUCGCCGCUUUGAUAUCGACAUGGACACCCAGAUGCUGGGGUCUGUUAAGCCAUAUCAUCGCCAAGUCGUUAUUUCAACGGGCAAGUCGGAUUGGGAGCGCGAUAUUACGGACGACAAACUCUCUCUGGCCGCCGCUAUUGGCGAAGUCGUUUCCGGCUUGAGUCCAAAGUCCCCCAAAUUGCCCGCCUCCCCAAAACCUGCCUCGCCUGUUCCAACCAAAGGCGUGCGACCCGUCAAUGGGCUGUUCAAUACCUCGGAUUCGAGCCGAAUCUCGGUACUUAACGGGAGUCAUAGAACCGUAUGUCAUGAAGACGCCCACGAGUCGGUAUUAGUGUUUCCCGAUUUCAAGGUUGUAACCGAAGUCCCGCGCUCAGUGCAAGGUGCCCUCGAACUCUGGGAGAGUGCCAUUGACCCCUCCAUAGGCCGCGAUGGCUCCUAUCUCGAAAAAAGCAUCUUGAAAACAUGGGUAUUACCAUACUCGUGCGUUAUUCUGCUCUCUUUCAUCAAAUCACUGGAAGCACAUGGUUGGGACGCUGACACCCAACUAGAACAUCCACAGCUUACUAUGGGGCUUCCCCUUGAAGACCUUAAUGUUACCCCUGAAGAGCGGGAUGAAAACGUCGAGGCCCAACUAAAGCAAAGUCUAGACUCUAAACGCGCGCUUAUUUUAAAGGUAUCGCAUAUCGGUGGCCACAAAUACGCCGGUAACGCCAUCAUUUACACACCUUCUGGGUCCGGUGUCUGGUACGGUCGAGUCACACCUCACGAUGUUGACUCAAUAGUGACGAACACGAUAAUCAACGGCCUCAUCUUACCUCCCCUAUUGCGUGGCGGCCUCAAUUUGUCAAGGCCAAAUUGCCAAACUCUUAACGACUGGUAG